UCCUUCUAAUCACCUUAUCCAUAACAUUACGUCCACUCAUCAGCUUCCAUCCGCCAUUUAUGGCAAAUGUUUAUCCAUAACAGUCUUAAGAUGUCGGCUCAUUAAUUUCUAGCUUCCAAUGUCAUGCCGGAAACCUAGCUCCAUGUUUGCUGUGCUUGAUAAGUCGAUGCAUUUUCUCAUAGAAGCCUGUGAUAUUAGGUCUCACAAUACGAAAUGAUAAUAAAAGGACUGUUCCGGAGACGUGAAAGGUGGAACCCAGUUCACCCAACUUAUGGAUCUUUCUGGGGGGUUGGAUUCGGAAUCGGGUGCGGAGUCGGAUGGGGCCCCGGGUUUGGCCCGGAAGUGAUUGGUUAUGUUGGAUCCGGUUGCGGAGCAGGGUUUUGUAUGGGAAUCACUCUGCUCGGUUUUGGGAUUGGCCUUCCCGCCAAUUCCUUCUUCAAAUCUCCUUCCAAUGCAUCCAUGGCUAUAAAAGGAUGUGCUUCAGAUGUUUCUAAAUCAAAGGGAACUGAUGGUUGGAUGAACAUGGGUCCACUGAUUUCUGAUCUACGUCAGAAAAUAGGAAGCAAAUUUACUACAUCAAUGAUGAAAGAUUAUGUGAAGAAUGCCACAAAUGUAUCUGAUAUGAAAACUAAAAUGUGCUUACUUACAAAGGGUUUUUUGGAUCAAAUGGAGGUGAUCAGCAAGCAUGAAAGCAAAGGUUCCACAGAUUGAUGGCCCGAUGAAGAUUGUUCAAGGUAAUAUUACGGGGAGACAAUGGGGAUAAAGACUGGCAUGAGAGGUUUCUUAAAACUGAUCGGCAUGCUUUUGUAAUUAUAAGAAUUACUCCCUCUGUCCCUAAAAGAAGUUCUAUUUCGCUUAUCGAGGGUCAACUUAAAUCACUCUUAAACUCUUACUUUUUAUAUCAAAAUUUUAUAAAAGUUGAAUUAUUUUUUGUAGGCUUUGUAGCGGGUUUAAUGUAGUUUCUGAAUAUGUAAAUUUUAUUUACUAAAAAUAAUCCGAUUUUUCACAGGGAUCAUUUAACUUUAUCGUCGGUCAAUCUUCGUAAUCCGCAAUUGGAACAACAUUUAGGGACGGAGGGAGUAUCAUUUUCCUUCAAUGUAAUAUUGGAAUUUGGAAGUACUCCCAUAUUCCCAUCUUGUCCUUUUCAAUUUACAUUUUGGUUUGUAUUGUGGCUUAUAAUGUUUGCUUUCCUUGAUCAGAACUAGCCUACAGUUUCUCAAAACAUAUGCAGUUAUAGCGUAAUCUCGAAAAAGAAGUGUAUUUCCGUGAGAACAAUAGUUUAUUUAGAGGGUGCUUGAUAAGUAUUGUACAAUGUGUUUUAUUCCCAGCUUAUAGUCAUCGAGCAAAACCUUUUACAAAUAGGUGUGCAAAAG